AUGUUGAAGAAGAAGUUAGAUGCCUUCAUGAUUCACAGGUUGACUAAAUCCAGUACAUAUCAUGCUUCAUUUAGCUUGUUGUUCUCCAGGAGUGGGUGGAGAGGAGUGGUUACUUUCAAAUUAAACGAAUUAAACACAUCUGCAAGCCUAAAGGAAGUGGCUAGUAUUAAUGAGCUUCAUUGUGGAAUGAAAUCCCUUCUUUACGUAGCGCCAAUUACUUUAGUAACAUUAAUAGGUGGUAUCAAGACCUCUCAGUUUUCUACAUUAGAUCUUGUAAUUGUAAAUUUGAACAGGGCAAAGGGAGGAGGAGAAGAAGAAGGAGGCAAUGGGAUGGGAAUGGGGAAUAGCAAACUAUUUCCAGCAACAUUUUUAGCGUCUGUAAGUAAUUGCUUCAAGUUCAAGACUUUGCCUCUGGUAGAUCAUUCUGCCAGCCCUCAAAUGAAAAAUAGCCACACCAAAAUCAGUAUUUCACAUUUUAGAGUGAAUUAUGUGAAUUUGGCAUCUCAUGUUAAAGACAUUAAAAGGCUUAGCUAUUUACUCCCUCACAUAUACGUCCAUGUUCAAGAUGUUGGCGAUCAAACUCCUCAACUAAAUUUCCCAUAUGCAUAG